UCAUUUUCUUCUUCUUCGUCUUCAAUUUCUCUCAACGUGAAUUUGAUAAAACGAAAAAAACAGCAAAAAUUAAAGGGAAAACCAAACGAACGAACAAAGCCCUCAAAAGAGAGAGCAAAAUGAAGCAGAGUAUAUCUGAGGCAGUAUCUUCAUCCACCACGGGAUUGACGGAGCAAUCUCAAUCCUCCUCGUCGUCGUCGUCGGCGACGUUGGAGAAGUCUCAAUCCAUAUCGGCUGCGGCGGCGGCGGAGGAUUUGGCCGUAGGGUCGAGAGAUGGCGGCGGGGCACAAGAAACGGUGACUGUCGAUCGGCGGGGGGAUUUCUCUGCCGUGUGUAGAUGGACAGUACAAAAUUUCCCGAGAAUCAAGGCUAGGGCUCUAUGGAGCAAGUACUUCGAGGUCGGAGGUUACGAUUGCCGUCUGUUGAUAUAUCCGAAGGGGGAUUCCCAAGCGCUACCGGGGUAUAUUUCAAUCUACCUUCAAAUCGUGGACCCGCGCGGUACAUCGUCGUCCAAAUGGGAUUGCUUUGCGAGCUAUCGUUUGGCCAUCGUCAACGUUCUGGAUGAUUCGAAGACCGUUCAUCGGGAUUCUUGGCAUCGAUUCUCUAGCAAGAAGAAAUCUCACGGAUGGUGCGAUUUUACUCCCUCUUCCACCGUGUUUGAUUCUAAGCUUGGCUAUUUGUUUAAUAAUGAGUCCAUUUUGAUCACUGCUGAUAUUCUAAUCCUCAAUGAGUCUGUAAACUUUACCCGGGAUAACAAUGAGCCAGCCUCAUCUAUGAUGAUGGCAUCAUCGGUUGUUGCUUGCCCUGUGCCUGAGGUGCUCAGCGGCAAGUUCACCUGGAAAGUUCAUAAUUUUAGUUUGUUUAAAGAAAUGAUAAAAACCCAGAAAAUAAUGAGCCCCGUGUUCCCAGCUGGCGAGUGUAAUUUGAGGAUUAGCGUCUAUCAGAGCUCAGUUAAUGGGACUGAGUAUUUAUCAAUGUGUCUAGAGAGUAAGGAUACCGAAAAGACAGUAAUAUUACCUGAUAGGAGUUGUUGGUGUUUGUUUCGGAUGUCCGUGUUGAACCAGAAGCCUGCUUUGAAUCACAUGCAUCGAGACUCAUAUGGGAGAUUUGCAGCUGAUAAUAAGAGUGGGGAUAAUACCAGUUUGGGGUGGAAUGACUACAUGAAGAUGUCUGAUUUUGUUGGGCAAGAUUCUGGUUUUUUAGUUGAUGAUACCGCUGUGUUUAGUACCUCUUUUCAUGUGAUCAAGGAAUUUAGUAGUUUUUCGAAGAAUGGUGGAUUUAUUGGUGGUAGAAAUGGGAGUGGAAUUAGGAAAUCAGAUGGUCACCUAGGCAAAUUCACGUGGAGGAUUGAGAACUUCACAAGGUUGAAGGAUCUUUUGAAGAAGAGGAAGAUUACAGGUCUUUGCAUCAAGAGCAGGAGAUUCCAGGUGGGGAAUCGAGACUGUCGUCUUAUUGUUUAUCCUCGAGGGCAGUCUCAACCACCAUGUCACCUUUCAGUCUUCCUUGAAGUUACGGAUUCAAGAAUCACUUCCAGUGAGUGGAGUUGUUUUGUGAGUCAUCGGUUGUCAGUUGUGAACCAGAAGAUGGAAGAGAAGUCUGUUACAAAGGAGUCCCAAAACCGGUACUCCAAAGCUGCAAAAGACUGGGGAUGGCGUGAAUUUGUCACACUUACUAGCCUCUUUGAUCAGGAUUCCGGUUUUCUCGUUCAGGAUACUGUAAUAUUCUCAGCAGAGGUUCUUAUAUUAAAGGAGACAUCUGUGAUGCAGGAUUUUAUUGACCAAGACGUGGAGACGACUGGUUCCAGCUCUGUGAUGGAUAAGGUAGCAAAAAAAAGUUCAUUUACAUGGAAAGUGGAGAACUUUUUGUCCUUCAAGGAAAUAAUGGAGACCCGUAAAAUCUUUAGUAAAUUCUUUCAAGCUGGUGGAUGUGAGCUCCGCAUUGGUAUGUCUUUUGCAUAUUCCUUAAUUAGGUGGAAGCCUUGUUGUUUGUAUCUUUUUGAAAAAAUUGUCGUAAGUAUGUAUUUUAAAUUUAUUUCAAACAUUGCAGGCGUCUAUGAGUCCUUUGACACCAUUUGCAUCUAUCUGGAGAGUGAUCAGUCUGUUGGCAGUGAUCCAGAUAAAAACUUUUGGGUUAGAUACAAAAUGGCCGUGGUGAAUCAAAAAUAUCCAGCAAAAACUGUAUGGAAGGAGUCUUCUAUUUGUACAAAGACAUGGAAUAAUUCAGUUUUGCAAUUCAUGAAGGUGUCAGAUAUGCUAGAGGCAGAUGCGGGGUUUCUUGUACGAGACACGGUGGUUUUCGUAUGUGAAAUAUUGGAUUGCUGCCCUUGGUUUGAGUUUUCAGAUCUUGAGGUUUUGGCUUCAGAAGAUGAUCAGGAUGCUUUGACUACUGAUCCAGAUGAUCUCAUUGAUUCUGAAGACAGUGAAGGAAUAAGUGGUGAUGAAGAAGACAUUUUUAGAAACCUUCUCUCUACAGCCGGAUUUCAUCUAACAUAUGGAGAUAAUCCUUCACAACCACAGGUCACUUUGCGAGAAAAACUUUUGAUGGAUGCUGGUGCAAUUGCAGGCUUUCUUACUGGACUUCGUGUUUAUCUUGAUGAUCCUGCUAAAGUUAAGCGCUUGCUUCUUCCUACUAAGCUAUCCAGUAGCAAUGAUGGGAAAAAGGUCUCAAAGACAGAUGAGUCUUCCCCCAGUUUAAUGAAUUUGCUUAUGGGAGUCAAAGUUUUACAGCAAGCAAUCAUUGAUUUACUCUUGGAUAUAAUGGUCGAGUGUUGCCAACCUUCAGAAGGGGGCUCUGGGGACCAUUUGGAAGCAAAUUCAAAGCCUUCCAUUCCUAGCAGUGGAACUACUACUACACCACUGGAAGGUGAAAAUGAAAAUGGAGCAAUAGAGGCUGCAGAUUGUCCUCCAUUUCAGAGAUUGGAUACUGUUGAUGAAAGUAGUAGUGCACCUGCUGUACAAAGCUCGGACAUGACUAGAACUGAUAGGCAGGGCAGGUCUCAACCUGAAGAGCUAAUACAUCCACCUGAAACAUCUGCUGGGGUUUCAGAGAGUGUCUUCCUUCGUACAAAGACCAAGUGGCCUGAGCAAUCUGAGGAGCUUUUAGGCUUGAUUGUGAAUUCAUUGAGAGCCCUAGAUGGGGCUGUCUCCCGAGGAUGUCCUGAGCCAAAAAGACGGCCUCAAUCCGCACAAAAGAUGUCUCUUGUGCUGGAUAAAGCUCCCAAGCAUCUACAGUCUGACCUGGUUGCACUAGUACCCAAAUUAGUUGAGCAUUCAGAACAUCCUUUGGCUGCUGGUGUGCUUCUAGAACGGCUUCAACAGCCCGGUGCUGAGCCAGCACUCCGGAUACCUGUUUUUGGUGCUCUUAGUCAAUUGGAGUGUGGUACUGAAGUUUGGGAACAGGUUCUAUUUAAAUCUAUUGAGUUUUUAGCAGAUUCAAACGAUGAGCCUCUUGCUGCAACUAUGGAUUUUGUUUUCAAAGCUGGAGCUCAGUGCCAACAUCUCUCUGAAGCAGUGAGAUCUGUUCGUGUUAGGCUGAAGAAUUUGGGCAUGGAUGUUUCCCCAUGUGUUCUUGAUUUAUUAAGUAAAACAGUAAAUAGCUGGGGUGAUGUUUCUGAUAUUAUACUCAGAGAUAUUGAUUGUGAUGAUGAUGCUGAUGAUUUCCACUCAAAGAUAUCACGUGAGCUUUUCUUAUUUGGGGAACCUGGCCCUGCUUCAGAAAGUCUGCAUCCGUUGGAUGAGCAGGAUUUACAUGCUGCUCGUCAUUUUUCUGAUAUUUAUAUCUUGAUUGAGAUGUUAUCUAUACCUUGUCUUGCCGUCGAAGCAUCACAGACAUUUGAGAGAGCUGUAGCUCGUGGUGCCAUCACAGCUAAAUCUGUUGCUGUGGUGUUGAAAAAACGUCUUGCUCAAAAAGCAAAUAGCAAUGCUAGAUUCGUAGCUGAAAGCUUCCAGCAUGGAGAUUCUGUAAUAGAUGGUGAACCUAGUGAGCAGCUGAGAGUCCAGCGGGAUGAUUUUACUUCUAUUGUUGGUCUUGCCGAAACAUUAGCACUCUCUAGAGACCCUUGCGUUAGAGGAUUUGUGAAAAUGCUUUAUCCAUCAUUGUUUAAGUGGUAUGCAAGUGAAUCUUAUCGAGCCAGGAUGCUGAAAAGAUUGGUUGACCGUGUCACCAGCAGUGCAGAUAAUAACCGUGAAGUAGAUAUGGAUUUGGAAAUUUUGGUUACCUUAAUUGGUGAUGAACAAGAAAUAAUUAGACCUGUGCUAAAUAUGAUGCGGGAUGUUGCAGAACUAGCAAAUGUUGACCGUGCUGCUCUCUGGCACCAGUUAUGUGCUACUGAAGAUGAAAUCAUCCGUAUCCGUGAAGAAAGCAAAGUAGAAAUUUCAAAUAUGAUGAAAGAAAAAGCUGUUCUUUCACAAAAACUUGGUGAAUCUGAAGCCAUGAUCAAUCGCCUAAAGGCUGAGAUGAAGGCUGAGAUGGAGAGAUUUUCUCGCGAGAGAAAGGAACUUUCUGAACAAAUGCAUGACAUUGAGAGUCAGCUUGAGUGGCUUCGCUCUGAGCGAGAUGAUGAGGUUGUGAAGUUAACAUCAGAGAAGAAAGUUCUCCAUGAUCGUCUCCAUGAUGCUGAGACUCAAAUUGCGCAGUUGAAAUCCCGAAAACGUGAUGAGAUGAAGAAAGUGGUUAAGGAAAAAAAUGCACUUGCUGAGAGGUUAAAGAGUGCUGAAGCUGCUCGAAAAAGAUUUGACGAACAACUGAAACGGUAUGCAAAUGAAAAUAUGACGAGGGAAGAAAUCCGGCAGUCAUUGGAAGAUGAAGUUCGCCGGCUUACACAAACAGUUGGACAGACUGAAGGAGAAAAGAGGGAGAAGGAGGAGCAGAUUGCUCGAUGUGAAGCAUAUAUUGAUGGGAUGGAAGCUAAAUUGCAGGCCUGCCAGCAAUAUAUCCAUUCACUUGAAGCAUCACUACAAGAAGAGAUGUCCAGACAUGCCCCUCUCUAUGGUGCCGGUUUGGAAGCUCUGUCAAUGAAGGAGCUGGAGACAUUAUCCCGAAUUCACGAAGAAGGAUUAAGGCAAAUCCAUACUCUUCAGCAGCGCAAAGGGAGUCCAGCUGGCAGUCCUCUCGUGAGCCCUCAUUCCCUCGCUCACAGUCACGGGUUGUACUCUGCAGCACCUCCCUCGAUGGCUGUCGGGAUGCCUCCUUCACUCAUGCCCAAUGGCUCAGGGAUCCACAGCAAUGGACAUGUGAAUGGUGGUGCAGUUGGACCAUGGUUCAACCAUGCUUGAUCGAUCGAACGCUUGGUCGUCACAGCCACAAUGGUAACACAGCCACUUUUUUCUCCUUAAUAGAGCGCUAUAAGAUGGAUAACAUCACGAGAGAAGAAUGUUACUGUUUUGAGUUGGCAUUUUGACUGGUUUACCGGUUCGGGGAGCGGAAUGGGAGAUUGAACGAUAUAGCAAAUCGUUUCUAAAUAUAGGGUUCUCAUGAUCGAGUUUGUGAGGUUUCUAGUUGAUGAUUCCAUUCUUAACAUCCAGCAGUUACAAAUGCCAUUCAUAUGCAUUUCUCUUUUCAAGUCAUGAAGUUCAUUUUAGGUAAAAUAGCCCAUUCCAGAAAAGCUUUUACCAUUUGGUUUCUUUA